AUGAUCCAUCGGCUACUUUGUCUCCAGAGAAUCUUUGGAGAAUUGAAAAUCCGUGUGAAACACCCAAUAUGGGAAGAAAGCGAUCAAAGUGCAAUCAAAGGUGUCCCCGCGCUCUUCCGUUGGCUUAGCAAGAAGUACCCAAAGAUUAUAUUCCCUGUCGAGGAGGAGGACGACACCGUUAUUCCAGUUGAAGACGGAGAACCUGUAUCCAUACCGGUCAACAUAUGCACUCCCAACCCUAAUGGCAUGGAGUUCGACCACCUCUACUUGGAUAUGAAUGGAAUUGUCCAUCCGUGUACUCAUCCAGAGGGCAAGCCCCCACCCGCAACCGAAGAAGAAAUGAUGGGGGAAAUAUUCAAGUACACCGAACGGGUCGUUAAUAUGAUUCGCCCGCGUAAACUUCUCUUCAUGGCUAUUGAUGGUGUCGCCCCUCGUGCAAAAAUGAAUCAGCAACGAUCACGCCGUUUCCGCGCUGCCCAAGAAGCAGCAGAUAAAGAGAAGGCUCGUCAAGAAUCUUUACUCUUGUGGGAAGCAAUGGGGAAGAAGGUGGAAGACGCCGACGAAACUGUUCCGCCCUGGGACUCGAACGCGAUUACCCCAGGAACGCCCUUCAUGGAUCUUCUGGCUACUUCGUUGCGCUACUGGGUAGCCCUUAAAAUCAACACCGAUCCCGGCUGGCACGGGAUGCAAGUCAUCAUCUCCGAUGCUUCAGUCCCCGGAGAAGGCGAACAUAAAAUCAUGGAUUUUAUUCGACGUCAACGUACGAACCCCGGAUACGACCCGAAUACGAAACAUGUAAUUUACGGCUUGGACGCGGAUUUGAUUAUGCUGGCGCUGGCUACACACGAGCCAUACUUCAGAGUCCUGCGAGAGGAUGUAUUCGCUAAUGAUGUUGCACCUAAUGCCUGCCGCAUAUGUGGGCAGGAAGGCCAUCGUGCUGCGCAGUGCACUGGGACGCCGAUGGAGAAAAAGAAAACGCCUACAGAGAAGAAACCAUUCAUAUUCCUGGACGUCGCUAUUCUUCGUGAAUAUCUUGAGGUCGAGCUCAACGUCAGCAAUCAGCCAUUCCCAUUCGAUCUGGAGCGCGCUAUCGACGAUUGGGUUUUACUCAUCUUCUUCGUCGGUAACGACUUCUUGCCGCAUCUACCGUCACUGGAGAUUCGGGAAGGUGCGAUCGACACGCUGUUGAAGAUAUGGAAACAGGAAUUGCCUAGAAUGGGUGGCUACUUGACGAACCAUGGCCACAUGGAACUGAAGCGCGCCGAGAUAAUCCUAGAGGGUCUAGCACAGCGCGAAGACGACAUCUUCCGCCGGCGACGCGAAACUGAGGAGCGACAGGACCAAAAUGCAAAGCGUCGUAAGAUAGAGGAAGCCAAUAAUAAAAAGACCUUCUCUAUGGGGCCUUCAGCGAGUCUUGGUUUGACCAGUGCGCCGACUGCCCCGUCAUCAUCCGCCCACCCCUCUCUUCCUCAACGACCUGAUUUUGCAGCGAAUGCAGAUUCAAUAGGCCUAGGCGCUAAGCCAACAGUGGAGUCUGUGCAAUAUGUUGCUAGUGCUACUACAGCUUUGGCUGGCUCUAAUCGUGAUGUUGUGGCUAACCGAGCGGCAAUACGAAUGGCGAAUAUGAGCGCGGCUGAAGUACUCAAAGCUGAACUAUCUAGUCUGGUACUCGUGAAGCCUAGUGCAUCAUCAUUGCCUAAACAACCAUUGUCUACACCUGAUCCCACCCCAUCAUUACCCACUUCUUCCGCUCCCCCAACUACUGCCACUGUGGCAUCUGAAGCCGAGUUUGAGGAAAUCCCCGGCCUGACACAAACGAUAGCUGUUGAGCCGCGUGUAAACGGAGAUGAUAUGAACGUUGAUGCUCCUGUUGCUCAUAAUGCAGAAGUAGUGAACGUUGACCCAGACGCUUUCAUCGCCAGCGCAGUGGCGCUCGGAGACACUCAGCCAAGUGGCACAUCACACGAUGAACUCGCAGGGACCAAACGAAAGUUCGGUGAAGGUCCAGGAGAGACUGAGGAGGAUCCUGAGGUCAUAGAGGUUGCGGACGACGAGGACAGUCCUGCAGAGAAACCCUUAGCCCUUACAGUGCGUCCGGACGGAACCGUAGAGCAAGAGGAUACAGUCAGACUCUGGGAACCGGGAUACAAGGCUCGCUAUUAUCAACAGAAGUUUGGUUUCGAACCCUCUGACCAGGAAGCCAAGAAGAAGAUCACAAAAUGCUACAUCGAGGGCCUAUGCUGGGUGCUACAUUAUUAUUAUCAAGGGACCCCAGCGUGGCAAUGGUUUUACCCCUACCACUUUGCUCCCUUUGCUGGCGACUUUGAAGAAGUCGACAAGAUGGACAUCAUCUUUGAGCCCGGGCAGCCCUCUAAACCCUUUGAGCAGCUGAUGGGUGUAUUCCCCGCGGCUAGUCGAAAGCACAUUCCGGAAGCAUUCCAACAUCUGAUGACCAACGAGGAAUCCCCCAUUCUCGAUUUCUAUCCGACCGAAUUUCAGAUCGAUAUGAACGGAAAGAAAAUGGCAUGGCAAGGGGUGGCAUUGCUGCCCUUCAUAGACGAGAAAAGGCUAUUAGAGACCAUGGCGAUACAUUAUCCUAAAUUAACGGAAAGCGAGGUCCUGCGCAACCGGUGGGGCAACAAUGUACUGUUUGCCUCCAAUCACCACCCGAUCUAUCCUUUCUAUGAAAGCCUAUAUGGGAAACGGAAAACCGAAGAGCCAGUACCUAUCGAUCCCGCACUAAGCAAAGGGAUGAGCGGAACCGUGCUACCAAACGCUGAAUGCAUUCCUGGAUCGACCUACUAUUGUCCUUUGACCACCCAAGGUCUACCGGACAUUAAAAACGAUCAAUCAUUAUCCGUCUACUACUUCUUCCCGAAACAACUCACUCCUCAUCGCUCUGUCCUUCUGCCUGGCGUCAGGCUACAGGCGCGGAAGUUGAGUGCACAAGACUUAGAGAACACAAGGAACGGCUAUCGACGAGGUCGGGGGCGUGGGGGCGGCUUCGAGCGUGGGGGCGAAGGACGUGCAGCCUGGAGGGAACGCGAUGCGCCAGCUCGUGCAAACGACUUCCGGGACGACGUCAGAUCCUAUGCACCUCGCGGACACCCUGCUGUUGGCGGUUGGGGAGGUCGCGGUGCUUUGCCUUACCCUCCAAGGAAUGCAGUCUCCCAUACGUCUCAAUACGGCGGCUACGGAGGGGAUGAUGGAGGUCAACGCCCCCAACCGGGGUACGGCGGCUACGGGCAGCCCUCAAGAGGUGGGCCGCCAAACCACGGCAACGCCUAUGAUAGUCGUGGUGGGUAUCGCGGUAACAACAAUGGCGAUAGUUAUGGAAACUACGGGCGUGGUAGAGGCGGGUCGGGUGGAGGGAACUAUGCAGGAGGCGGUUAUGGCAAUGCGCAGGGGGGCGGUUAUAAUAAUUCGCAGGGAGGUAGGGGAGGAUAUGGAGGAUAUGGUAAUGCGAGUGGCAAUGGUGGUAAUAACGGUUACGGAGGGUACGGAGGCCAGGCCAAUGCUGCAAACGGUACCGGAGGGUAUGGCGGAUACAACAAUGGUGGACGUGGGGGAGCGUAUAAUAGAGCGAGAGGUCGAGGUUGGUAG